UUCCAGCGAGAUAAACGGGCCCUCCGCGUGGAAACUGUUGGAUGUUUCUUUUCAGUGUCGUUUCGGAUGCGCUCUUGGGUGGAAGUGUUUUUCGCGGACUCGUGCUGUUAUCUCUGUGAUUGAUAGCGGAUCAAGAUAGUUGUUAGGUUCGGUGAUCUGCGACAGUUAUGUAGUUUUGGAAAAGGUUGUUGUUCAGUUCGAAUUGAUCGGUUUCAAAGUGGCUUCCCAUUGCUUCACGCACCCCAAAGUGUUUCGAGUUGGGUAAACAUCCGUGUUUAAUUUAGUCCAACAUGUGAAUACAUUAAUUUACUGGCGUGUUGAUGGAGGGUUAAUCGUUCGCACAUUCCAAGCUAUUAAAUGGCGCUCUCAGAAUGAUUGAUGAUUCUCUUGUGGAAGAUUUUCGUUUCGUGUUCUAGAUAGUAGCAUGUUGAUAAUAGUGAAUAAUUGAUGAUCAUGCCUCGAUCCCUCCUAAACCAGUGCCAUUAGUAGUCAUAUUAGUGGAUGAGAUUUGUGGUUGCAUAACUAGAGGGGUUGCCGGUAAGACAAAUCACAGGAGGAAGUACGCGUAGGUGAUUCUGAAUUGAUUCUGACACCUAGAGGCUAAUCCAGUUCCGUUGUUUUAUCCUGGUGGCUAACUGCCAAAUCGCUGAUACACAAACAUAUACAGACAAAGAGCAAAAGAAAGCACGUCGCAGUGACGACAGUCAGGUCAACCGCAGCCCUUGAGGUCUUGGGUGGUGCAACGUAUUCUUGCCGCUCGGUUCGUAAUUGAUUGCACUUACCGAGUAGGAUGGCCCCCGUUCGUGGUGGUGUGGGGGCCCUCCUGAUGCUACUAUUGCUGCGGGGGGUCACAGCACUGCUGCUGAUGCAUUUUGCGAUGAUUGCGACUCGGCAAACGGAGUCAGCUGCUGCACCUUCGUCCAACACCGGAAUGGCCGCGAAUGCGGUGCUGGAGGAUCCGGAAUUCACCGAUAUUAUCGAGAACAUCACUGUUCCUGCCGGAAGAAAUGUUAAGCUAGCCUGCUCGGUGAAAAAUUUAGGAUCGUACAAGGUUGCUUGGAUGCAUUUUGAGCAGUCGGCCAUCCUUACCGUACACAAUCACGUUAUCACCCGCAACCCCCGAAUCAGUGUGACACAUGACAAACACGACAAGCACAAAACCUGGUUCCUGCAUAUUUCGAACGUGCAAGAGGAGGACAAGGGGCGCUACAUGUGCCAAAUCAACACAGUGACGGCCAAAACUCAGUUCGGUUACCUUCACGUCGUUGUGCCACCCAACAUUGACGAUUCGGUUUCCUCCAGCGACGUGAUCGUCCGGGAAGGUGCCAACGUGACGCUGCGAUGCAAAGCCACCGGAAGUCCACCGCCGUCGAUCAAGUGGAAACGGGACGACAACACGAAAAUUACCAUCACCAAAAAUAAUAGCGUGCUUGAAUGGGAGGGUGAUGUGCUGGCGCUAUCACGUGUUUCGCGCUUUGAAAUGGGAGCCUACCUGUGCAUCGCCUCAAACGGAGUGCCCCCGAGUGUGUCCAAGAGGAUUAAAGUCAGUGUUGAUUUUCCCCCGAUGCUGUGGAUACCGCAUCAACUAGUUGGGAUUCCCGUUGGGUACAACGUCACGCUAGAAUGUAACAUAGAAGCCCAUCCUACCUCACUUAACUACUGGACGCGGGAGAAUGACCAGAUGAUUCACGAUUCGUUUAAAUAUAAGACUGAAUCGGUAGCUGGAACGCCCUCUUACAAAGCGGUAAUGAAACUGUUCAUUACCGAAGUACAACACAGUGACUACGGAAUCUACAAGUGUAUCGCCAAAAAUCCACGUGGAGAAACCGACGGGACAAUCAGGCUCUACUCAUCUAGCCCGCCUACAACGAUACCACCCCCAACAACUGAAGGCAUCAUCACGACGGUUGCCACGACAAAAUCCAACUUCGAGCUACCUUUCGGAUCAACGACAAUCGCCCCAGUCGGUUAUUAUGACAAAGGAAACAAAUAUCAAUCCAGCCUGAACGACGUUGACCGAUCGGAACAGAAGUCAACGGGCAACGGUUCUAAGUCCAGCAGAGAUCGGGCUUCUUCAAAACAACCCAAGCAUAGUGGCUCAAAUUCAUUGCACCACUCCAGCUGGUGGCUGCUGGGGGGAUUGCUGCUGGCAUUGAGAACGCCAUGCCCGAUCCGGCAGUGACGGUGACUGCACAGCGGUCAAAUGAUGUAGAUUAUUGUUGUUGUUAGGAGUAAAAAAUCGUAAUUAACACUAUAUCCGCACAUUGUGAAUGACUAAUGAAAUUUGUCAGGAUAUGUAAAAAUUUGUUUAAUGUUAUCAUUCUGUUUAGUAUGUAAUGCGGCCACCGGUGGCCUUAGGUUUCUCGGUGCUCUAGGUUUUAAUUUGCUUCGAAUGAUUUUUAAACCCACAGUUCAAAUCGAUUGUAAAGGUAGAUAUGCUACAAUUUAUAAAGUUAGUCAGCAAAUAUUUAGACAAAUGAUAGAUAAAUUUUCGGAUUCAAAAACAGCAAACAUUGAAAAAAAAAAAAAAACGGAAACGAAUCGAACUAAGUUGAACAAAUCAGACCGGUUACGGUAGACUCUGUAAAGAAUUGCUGUAUAAUUAUCAGGAAAUGGUUAAACAACAAAGCGAUAAGAUAUUUGAUAGUGUUAAUGCCUUACAUAAACAUAAGCCAAUAUAUACCAGCAUAGUACGCAGAUAUGACAAACAGACAUAAAACACAAAAUUGCCCAUUAACAGAGAACCCGGUGUUGUGAGAUCAAAAUAGAAACAAGUCUUAAAACUUAUCGAAAUUAGUUUUCUGUCCACUCACCAUGUUUGUUUGGACCUGCAAGUAGGAGUAGAGAAGAGAAUUUUUGAUAACAGUCAAUUAAAUGUCGGUGGUUAAACAGUCGGGACGCCUCAGAUCGCAGGAAUUCAUCGCAGAAAUGUUUCCAUUCCAGUGCGAGAAUUGUUGAGGGUGAUGUGGCACAACACAAACAUCGGCAAAUCGGUUUUGCUAAACACAGGGGCUGUUCGACAGGAGAAAACUAGCAAUUGUGUGCUUCUGGCGUCCUUAGCUGGCGAAUAGGUUUACAAUCUGAGUGCCCCAUGUUAGUCCUAUACCUUGAUAACAGAAGGCAAUUUGCGAUUAUGCAGGUUAUAGGCAAUUUGCUUUGCUCUAGUUGGCUUUAAAAAUGUUAAAAUCAAAAUUAUGCGGAACAAAUUGUUCGAUGCAAUCAGUACUCAAACAAGGGUAAUCAAAAUAGAAGAAGUGGAAUAUGUAUGUUAAAAUAAACGAACAUAUUACUGUUGUAUUAUACUUACCUAAAAUAAUAAAACAAAUGAUAAAGAGCUAAAUCGUGUACUAUAAGUUAAUGCGUAAAGUUAAUACAAAACAUAAGGAAAACCUUACAGAAUGCAAGGAAACUAAAUCAACUGAUCACAAAUUAUUGUUAAGAUUAUAACAAAAAAAAAAAAAAACAAAGAAUAACCGCUCAGCGCUUUCAAUCACACAUAAACAUACACAUACACACCCACACACAGUGAAAGAAAACGAAAUCUUAACCGAAACAUAAAUACAGCAAUUCCCAAAGUACUGGAACUACUAUAUGAAACAAAGCACAAGGAACCGAAUUAGAACUUCGCCGAUUACGGCAAUAAAAUACAAUUUCACUGCGAUAAACAGUGACAGACACAUAAACAGGCAGACUACACGCAUCGGAGACAACCGCUCUGUUUGCGGAAGAGCGUAGAGAAAAGCGGAACGAAAACAAAAGUUAAGCAAAACUUAUCAUAGUUAGCACAACGGAUGAAAGUUUAUUAUCUAAUAUAUGAUAUGAUAUGGGCGCAUCGCGAACAGCAGCCCAGAGAAGCGCAAAAUCUAGGACAGAGUGACAGUACAUAGGUGCAUCAAGAACAACCAAACUGCUCGUGAAGAUAAUGAGACAAAAGCAAAUUUGUUGUAAAUUAGGUUAAUAAAAAAGAACUGAAAUAUAUAUAUAUAUAUAUUUUGCUUUAAA